CAGGUGCGGCUGGUGAACGGGCCUGGGCGCUGCGCUGGGAGAGUGGAGAUCUACUACCAGGGCAGCUGGGGGAGCAUCUGCGAUGACGGCUGGGACCGGUCUGAUGCUGCCGUCGUUUGCCGCCAGCUGGGCUGCGGAGGGGCGCUGGAGGCGGUUGGCUCCGCUCGGUUCGGGGAAGGCUCCGCUCAGAUCUGGCUGGAGAGCGUGAACUGCUCCGGGGCCGAAGCUGCUCUCUGGGACUGCCCGGCAGGGUCCUGGGGGCAGCACGACUGCGGGCACAAAGAGGACGCAGGAGUCGUCUGCUCAGAGUUCAUGGCCCUGAGGCUGGAGAAGGGCACCAACUGCUCCGGGCGCCUGCAGGUUUUCUACAAUGGGACAUGGGGGAGCGUUUGCUCCAACUCCAUGACUCCUGAAACUGUGUCGCUGGCAUGCAAGGAGCUGCGCUGCGGGGACAGAGGGUCCCUGGAAACACAACGGCCCUACGGCAGGCUGUCUAGCACGGCCUGGCUGGAUCGUGUGGAGUGUGGGGAGAGAAACAGCUCCUUCUGGCAGUGUCCCUCCGCUCCCUGGCACCCGCAGUCAUGCGACGACCUGCGAGAUGAGACCCACAUCACCUGCAAGGGGGCUGCAGAGGUGAGGCUGGAGGAUGGCGGCGGACGCUGUGCUGGGAGAGUGGAGGUGAAACACCAGGGCCAGUGGGGGACUGUGUGUGGCAUCAGCUGGGACAUGGACGAUGCUGCAGUGGUUUGUAAGCAGCUGGGCUGUGGGUCUGCUCUUGAAGCUCCUCGGUACGGACAUUUUGGGCCAGGAUCUGGCCCCAUUUGGAUGGCUGGUGUUGUGUGUCAUGGCACCGAGUCAGCCCUGUCUGAUUGCACAAACAGAGAACAGAUUCGACAAUACUGUGAUCACAGUCAGGAUGCUGGAGUGACGUGUUCAGGAUUUUUCCGGCUGGUUGGAUGGGACAACCCCUGCUCAGGACGAGUGGAGAUCCAUGAUAGGAACGAGUGGAAAACUGUCUCACACCUGGGAGAGUGCCCAGUGACUGCCCUGGGGGCCUCGCCGUGCUCCCAUGAGAACGACGCUGCUGUCAUAUGCUCAGGCCCAGCUCGCUUCGCAUCCCUGCGGCUGGUGGGUGGAGGAAGCCCGUGCGACGGGCGAGUGGAGAUCUUCCAGCACGGGACGUGGGGCAGAGUCCUGGAUGAGCAGUGGGACGUGCAGGAGGCCAGCGUGGUGUGCCGGCAGCUGCAGUGCGGAGAGGCAGAGGCAGCCUACAACCCCCCGAAGGCUCAGAGAGGGACGGGUCCCGUGGGGCUGCGUGGGGUGCGGUGUGCAGGGCACGAGGCCAACCUGACCCUCUGCAACACCUCCCUGCCUGAGAGUGCGCUGGAAGCAGGGAUUGCCGAGGACGUGGGGGUCGUUUGCUGGGGGAGCCGUCAGGUGCGGCUGGUGAACGGGCCUGGGCGCUGCGCUGGGAGAGUGGAGAUCUACUACCAGGGCAGCUGGGGGAGCGUCUGUGAUGACGGCUGGGACCUGUCUGAUGCUGCCGUCGUUUGCCGCCAGCUGGGCUGCGGAGGGGCGCUGGAGGCAGUUGGCUCCGCUCGCUUCGGGGAAGGCUCCGCUCAGAUCUGGCUGGAGAGCGUGAACUGCUCCGGGGCCGAAGCUGCUCUCUGGGACUGCCCGGCAGGGUCCUGGGGGCAGCACGACUGCGGGCACAAAGAGGACGCAGGAGUCGUCUGCUCAGAGUUCACGGCCCUGAGGCUGGAGAACGGCACCAACUGCUCCGGGCGCCUGCAGGUUUUCUACAAUGGGACGUGGGGGAGCGUUUGCUCCAACUCCAUGACUCCUGAAACUGUGUCGCUGGCAUGCAAGGAGCUGGGCUGCGGGGACAGAGGGUCCCUGGAAACACAACGGCCCUACGGCAGGCUGUCUGGCACGGCCUGGCUGGACCGUGUGGAGUGUGGGGAGAGAAACAGCUCCUUCUGGCAGUGUCCCUCCGCUCCCUGGCACCCGCAGUCAUGCGACGACCUGCGAGAUGAGACCCACAUCACC